UUUAAAUAAAUUUACAGAAGAGCAAAUAGAAAAAUGCGAAAACAAUGGAUAAAAAAGGAAAAUUUGUAUCACAAACCAUUUUAUAAAAAGAAAUUGCAAAUGACAUUGCUAAGCGUAUUUGUAAUGGCGGUAGUGUUUUUUGCAUAUCAAGUUUUUUACAUUAAACAACUUCAAACCGAAGUCGAACACAAACCAUAUAUUGUGCCGGUGCAAUCAAAUUCGAACAAGGAAACAAAACGAAUUCUUCGGGGAAUAAGAUACAAGGACUAUGAUCUGUAUAAUCCGGUGGUGCGUAAUAAAUUUUUCUGCAUCCGAACAGGCAAAGAAAUACCGAUGGACAAAGUGAACGAUGACUAUUGUGAUUGUGAUGAGGAUGGCAGUGAUGAACCAGAAACAAAUGCAUGUUCGAAUGGCGUAUUCUAUUGCACAUACCAAAAAAGGCAUCUAACUGGUCGUGGUCGUGAUAUUUCGAUUCCAAGUUCAUUUGUCAACGAUGGCUAUUGUGAUUGCUGUGACGGAUCAGAUGAAUGGAUUAAACGAAAUGGCAAAGAAACCAAAUGCCAAAACACUUGUAUAAAAUCAUAAACGCUUAAAAUCUUCAACAAAAUACACAGCAUUUCAAUUCAAAAUUUGAUCAAAGAAGAAGAGAUAAAAAUGAUGCUAGUGUACCAUUUGUCUCACUAACAACAAUACAUUUUCCUCUCAUUGUAACUGCUUGGUUCAAGCUGAGAAUCAAACAAAGUCGAAAUAUGAUUACAAAUAAUUUUGAUACAAACAACAACAUAAUAGUUUCUUGCAUGCACAUUUGCAACCUCCUAUACCUAUAUAGCGCAAUUGCAAACGACUAGAAUGCAAUGAAUGAUGGGCUUGCUCAUUUCAUAAAUGUUAUUAGAACCAUAUAUUGUUAAUGAAAACUCAUAGAAAUUUUUUCGUCACUUUUGAAAGUGAACAUUUUAAACAGCUACUGUAUAGAAAUUGAAUCCAAAAAUUGUGUUUUAAAUGGUAACUCUGUGGUCACCUUAGAAGCAAUUCAGUUUUCUAAUUGAAAAGAAAACGAUUUAUGAAUUAUUUUAAUUUUACUUGAACUAACUGAAGCGAAAAUUCUCAAAGCAACUCUAUAGACACAUCGACACGUGUGCAUAUUCAGGUGUCAAAGACUAUCUGUUAUAAAUCCAUUUCAGCGUAACUGAACGAAUCAUUUUUAGUAUAGCUUAGUUUUCAAUUGUUUUUGUUACAUUUUUCUAAAUCUACAAACGGAAUAUUAUUAACAAAACAUUUGUAUUAUAGUUUGAUGCAUUCCCCACAUGUUUUUAUUGUUUAUUUAGUACGAUACAUCAUUACGUUAAAAUAUGACUGAACAAUUAUUUUUAGAAAUAGUCUGAAAAAAAAAAUGAUGCUUAAAAUUUGUUAAAGCAAAAGAAACAAAUAUGCAUUUAUUACACUCAUGUGGAAGAGGUUUUUUUUCGGUUGUUGUUCUAAAUUUCAAGAAUGUGUACGUAAGAAUUUUUGUGGAAGCUGUGAUUUAUUUAAAACAAAUAAAGAUAAGAAUAUAAUCAAAAGUA